AUGGGCCAAGUAACGGGCCAACAGACCAUUGGGUCUAUAACCCAGGCAAAGAGGUCCGGAUGGUCCCAAAAUGUUGCCAAAAAUCCAUUCAUAUUUGGUGUUGCACUGUUCUCAACCCUCGGCGGAUUUCUCUUUGGUUAUGAUCAAGGUGUCGUUUCGGGGGUUCUCACCAUGGAGUCCUUUGGGGCAAAGUUCCCUCGUGUCUUUAGUGACUGCGGAUUUAAGGGAUGGUUCGUUUCGACCUUACUACUUGCUGCUUGGUUCGGAUCACUGGUGAAUGGCCCACUUGCGGACAAGAUUGGCAGGAAGAUGUGUGUGAUGACAGCUGUUGUCGUUUUCGUCAUUGGAUCUGCCAUUCAAGCCGGAGCCGUCAAUAUUCCAAUGUUGUUUGCUGGUCGUGCCGUUGCUGGUUUUGCCGUUGGUCAGCUAACAAUGGUAGUUCCUCUCUACAUAUCUGAGGUGUCCCUGCCAGAUAUACGAGGAGGACUAGUUGUGCUGCAACAAUUAUCCAUAACUAUCGGCAUCCUAAUCAGCUACUGGCUUGACUAUGGAACGAAUUAUAUCGGAGGUACUCGAUGUGCCCCUGAGAUUGCAUAUACUGGUGGAACUGCUCAGCAUCCUGCUUUCAACCCGUAUAAAGAUGUUGGACCGAAUGGUUGUGAUGGACAAUCAGAUGCCGCUUGGAGGAUCCCCCUAGCCUUCCAGAUUGUCCCGGCUGUCAUUUUGGGAGUAGGAAUGAGUUUCUUCCCAGACUCCCCGAGAUGGCUGUUUAUGAUGGAUCGUGAAGAAGACGGCCGAAAGUCACUAGCGAAACUACGACAGCAGCCUGAAGACCAUCCUUCGAUUGAGGCAGAAUUCCUGGAGAUCAAGGCGUCUGUUAUCCUCGAGAACACAUAUGCCAAAGAGAAAUUUGCGAAUCUGUCUGGGUUCAAACUCCAUGUUGCGCAGUAUUACUCUCUGAUAAGUACCUGGUCCAGGUUUAGACGACUUGCAAUCGGAUGUUCCGUCAUGUUCUUCCAGCAAUUUAUGGGCUGCAAUGCAAUGAUUUACUACGCUCCAACCGUUUUCAAACAACUAGGCCUGGAUGGAAACACUGCCUCCCUCCUGGCUACAGGGGUAUACGGAAUAAUCAACUGCAUUAGCACCCUCCCCGCGCUAUUCUGGAUAGACAGGCUAGGUCGACGAGUGCUCUUAAUGUGUGGUGCAGGCGGAACAUUCAUUGCACUGGUUGUUGUUGGCGCUAUAAUUGGCGCAUAUGGCGCUCACCUCAAGGACCACGCCGCUGCUGGAUGGGUGGGAGUUGUCUUCAUCUAUAUUUACGAUGUCAACUUUUCGUAUUCAUUCGCUCCGGUUGGAUGGGUACUUCCAUCGGAAAUUUUCCACCUUUCUAUCCGAUCAAAGGCCAUCUCAAUCACCACCUCGACAACAUGGAUGUGCAACUUUAUCAUCGGUUUGGUAACGCCAGAUAUGCUUGAAAAGAUUGGCUGGGGAACAUAUAUAUUCUUCGCAGCUUUCUGUCUUAUCGCAUUCAUCUUCACAUACUUUUUUGUUCCGGAAACGAGAGGAAAGACACUUGAGCAGAUGGACAUUGUCUUCGGCGACACCGAAGCGCACGAGGAACAGAGACGUAUCAUGCAGAUCGAAGCAAAUCUUCGGGGGACUGAUAUCAAUGAUCCAGACGUUCUCAAGGAAAAGGAGGUGCAGGAAGACUCCGUCUAG